AUGGAUUUUUACUACAAAACUGUUCAAAAUUUUAUAAAUACUUUCAGCAAUAAUUUGUUUAAUGAAUACAACAAAAACCUGAUACUAAAAGAUAAAUGCGAAAAAUAUAAAUCACUGUAUAAUAAUAAUCUUUUAAAGAAAGCACUUAUUAAAAUUGACAAAAAAAUACUAAAUUUUAUAAAUUUAUUGUAUAAAAAAAGUAUUGAAAGAAAAUAUAAUACUAUAACACAUGCAUCUAAUGAUAUUAAUAAGUAUUUUACUAAGUCUAAUAAACAGAAUACAAAUAUUAUAAAUUAUAAAUCUACAUUUUUUAAUAAAAUAAAAAAUACGUAUUACAGAUUUAAAAACUGGUUCUUGAGUGAAGAUAAAUAUUUUGUUAAAAAUAUAUUAAUAAAAAAUAUUAAUAAUCCAUUAUGUUACACAGAAGAAGGACUAUCAGAUUAUAAAUUAAUAACUGAUAUAACAAAUAUAGUAAAGAUAAAUAAAGUAGAGAAUCUUAAUAAAUCAAAUUGGACAUUUGAAAUAACCACGUAUAAUCCCAUUAAUAAUAUUGUAUCAAAUAAACAGUGCAUUAUUAAAAAUUUAAAAGAUAAUGAUGUAUUAAAAAUAGAUUCUAUUACAUGUGAGAAUUUAUAA